ACGUAUCAACCUGACCUGACGGAACAGGGAACGGAGGCUGUAAUUCUCAUCUUCGGUUCUAUAAAUAAAAAAACAGAGAAAUAUUUAGAAGCAAAACGCGUCUGCUGUGAUUAAAGCAGCAAAAGUCCAAGAUGAUCCACAGUCUGUUCCUGGUGAACUCCUCGGGCGAUAUCUUCCUGGAGAAGCACUGGAAGAGUGUGGUGAGCCGCUCGGUGUGCGAUUACUUCUUCGAGGCGCAGGAGAGGGCCAGCGAGCCGGAGAACGUUCCUCCGGUGAUCCCGACGCCGCACCACUACCUCAUAAACGUGCUCCGGCACCGCAUCUACUUCGUGGCCGUGAUUCAGAGCGAAGUGCCUCCUCUGUUCGUCAUCGAGUUUCUGCACCGCGUCGUGGAUACGUUUCAGGACUAUUUCGGUGUGUGCACGGAAGCAGCUAUCAAAGACAAUGUGGUGGUGGUGUACGAGGUGCUGGAGGAGAUGCUGGAUAACGGAUUCCCGCUGGCCACCGAGUCCAACAUUCUGAAAGAGCUGAUCAAACCUCCAACCAUCCUGCGAACAGUCGUCAACACCAUCACAGGUAGCACCAACGUUGGCGAGCAGCUCCCUACAGGUCAGCUCUCGGUGGUACCGUGGCGACGAACCGGAGUCAAAUACACCAACAACGAGGCCUAUUUCGAUGUGGUUGAAGAGAUCGAUGCUAUAAUUGAUAAGUCGGGUUCAACAAUCACAGCAGAGAUUCAGGGAGUUAUUGAUGCCUGUGUGAAGCUGACAGGAAUGCCCGAUCUGACUCUCUCGUUCAUGAAUCCCCGGCUUUUGGACGACGUAAGCUUCCACCCGUGCGUCCGUUUUAAGCGGUGGGAAGCCGAGCGGAUUCUGUCCUUCAUCCCUCCCGACGGGAACUUCCGCCUGCUCUCCUACCACGUCAGCUCUCAGAACCUGGUGGCCAUCCCUGUGUACGUGAAGCACAACAUCUCGUUCCGUGAGGGCAGCUCCCAGGGUCGCUUCGACCUCACUCUCGGACCCAAACAGACCAUGGGCAAGGCCGUGGAGUCGGUGUUGGUGAGCAGCCAGCUUCCGCGCAGCGUCCUCAAUGCCAGCCUCACUGCUUCACAGGGCACCCACACCUUCGACCCUGUUACCAAGCUUCUGUCGUGGGACGUCGGAAAGAUCAACCCUCAGAAACUACCCAGUCUGAAGGGCACCAUGUGCCUACAGGCCGGAGCCUCCAAACCCGACGAGAACCCCACCAUCAACAUCCAGUUAAAGAUCCAGCAGAUGGCCAUCUCAGGUCUGAAGGUAAAUCGGUUGGACAUGUACGGAGAAAAAUACAAACCCUUCAAAGGCAUCAAGUACAUGACCCGGGCGGGAAAGUUCCAGGUGCGGACCUAGAGGCCGAUCCGUCCCCGCGCUUCGACCGUCGCGGGACGUCACGGCGUGAAAAGGGGCGAUUGAAACUGACAGUGUGGGUACGGACGGGUGUUAGGGACUGGAAAGGAAUUGUGCAUCCAAAAUGUGCUGGUUUGUAUCGUCUUACACACAUCGGGUCUGUCCGAAAACCUAGUGAGCCGCCCUGCUGCCUCGGUACAGAGGGUUUUAAUAAGACGUCAGACUCAUGAGGCAGAUUAUUUAGACGCAGUACUUACACUAGACGCGAUUAUAUCACCGCGGUUUUAGCCUCAGGACGUUCAAACCGUCUCCCUCCGCGUCCCGAAAACGCUUAAACUGCCCCUGACGCCCCAAUUUACAAAUAAACGUCACUCGUAUUAUUACACCUUUAUAUGAAUUAAAAAUAAAGGAGAAUUUAUUUACAUUUGUAGAGAACUCCAUUGGUUGCUCCGCACACAUAUUCGUCCGCCACGUUUGUCGUAUUUUGUGAGAAAAGUCGCGCUCCCUCGUCUUUCAGUCAGAUCAUCACUCAGAAUUAAGGCGCCUCAGUAGGAGCAUUUUAAAGUAUCUAAUCAUUUAGACACGCCCUCUUCUCGGGAGCGUAGGAUGGUUUUGGGACAGACCCUUAAUUUUGAAUCCGGUUUCUGUUGCAUCUCACGUGUUAGCCUGUCACUCUUUGUAGCGUUUCGUCCAAUACGGCGAGCGCAUGUUCAAUUUCACAGGGAAGUGGACAUGCAGUCAGAGACCUGUAAUGACCGGCUCUACACACCGGUGCUGUAUUCCAAACCGUGUGCUGUUCUUCUACUUGUUAAUCACGUUCCGCACCUCGUCCAGGUUCCAAAACCCAUCGACCCUCCAGGUCCAGUGAUGUAAUGAGGAUUAAUAGUGUGCUGGUUUUACUGUAGUUAAUUAUUUAUUAUGAUAAAUCUGCACUAAUCAUAAAGGAUUUUUUGUUUCCUGCGGGUUUGUUCACGCAGUGUUUUGUUUGUUCUUCUGUUCUCUGAUGGAUUCACUGGUUUUGCAAAAUAAAAUACCUAAAAAAGCU